CGUUGUACAAUCAGACCCGACCCUAACCUAAGCCAAUGCGAUACUACAUUACAUAUUCUCUAUUCGACUCGUCUCGUCUGAGCUGAGGUCAUCGCCUGCAAUUGAUUCACAAAGGACAGCUCGCCUCGUCUCGUUCCUGUUGUCUUGCCUCUCCUUGCCCUAUUUCUCACUCCUUUUUUAUACUUUCCGUAAGGUACCUAAACUUUGUUUGUCGAGCUUCUCAAACAAACACCCCCCAAUUGGAACUCAUCUGCUAUUGUCUCUGGUCGAAUCCAAACGCCCUGAAUAUCAUCCCAUCAGGCUUCACCAGCUGCUCCAAGUCUCCUUCUCUUCUGCUUCACGACGACCACCGACUUCCAUUCCUGGGAAGCAUCGCCCUGUUUCGUCUCGCCCGUCAGCAGGUCUGCACGUGAAACAAGCUUCCACACGACACGAACCUCUACACAAAGCAAUGUCCCAGCGAUUCAACUCCGGGUACGGCCUCGGUGGCCCCGCGCCUUACGGCGGCUCACAGGCUGCUGAUCCUCAGCAGGGUGAGGGCUUUCUUGAGCAGAUUCGUCCCUAUACUAGCAAGAUUGAGGAUGCGCUCGACACAAUCAGCGAGCCGAUCAAGCCCUACCUUCCUGCUAUUGGCCGUUUCCUAAUCGUCGUCACUUUCUUCGAAGAUGCCCUUCGCAUUGUCACCCAAUGGUCCGAUCAGCUGCUUUACCUGAAGGACUAUCGUCAUAUUCCUUCCGGUAUCACUCAUCUCUUCCUGCUCGUCAACAUUAUUGCCAUGUUUUCUUGCUCUACUCUUGUCAUCAUCCGAAAGCAUUCCGACUAUGCCGUCGCCGGUCUUAUGGGUGUUGUUGUCACACAGGCUCUAGGCUAUGGUCUCAUUUUCGAUCUCAACUUCUUCCUCCGAAACCUUUCUGUCAUUGGUGGCCUUGUCAUGGUCCUGUCCGACUCCUGGGUUCGCAAGACGCAGGUCUUUGCAGGACUUCCCCAGAUCGAUGAGAAGGACCGCAAAAUGUACUUCCAGCUCGCUGGUCGCGUUCUGCUCAUCUUUCUCUUCAUCGGAUUUGUCUUCAGUGGAGAGUGGUCUCUCUGGCGUGUCAUUGUCUCCUCGCUCGGAGGAAUUUCCUGCGUCAUGGUCGUUGUUGGCUUCAAAGCCAAGUACAGUGCCACGCUUCUUGUUGUCAUCCUGAGCAUUUUCAACCUCUUGGUCAACAACUUUUGGACACUCCAUGAACACCACCCCCACAAGGACUUUGCCAAGUACGACUUUUUCCAGAUUCUAUCUAUCGUUGGUGGUCUCCUGCUUCUCGUCAACAGCGGCCCUGGCCAGUUCAGCAUCGACGAGAAGAAGAAGGUCUACUAAGUACGGGACCAGAACCAGUACAGCAAGCUACGUCCAGUACAGGGGGCGCCAAGGUAUCCGGCGUUGGCAGGGCAUUUCCUAUUUACUAUCCCGAGAAGGAAAUUGAUGCAGAAAAAGGUGCGAUUAUGUGCAUGAUGGCCGAGCGCGUGUUUUGGUGAUAGUGGAGUGGCACCAGUUCUGGCAAGAUAUAUGGAGAAUUUAAAUCUGCCGUUACAGCAUAUCAGACGAAAUGAAUACAUGGAUGAUCUCUACUUUGGGUGAUGUUCAUAUCACAGAUAGGUUGGGAUGACUGGCGUCUAGACUUGUUUUGUUUGACCGGUUGUCGUGGAUUGGAGACAGCCUUGGGGAGCAAUUAUCCCAUGUGAUUUGCCGAACAAUGGGCUUUGUUUGUAUCUCCUUAUAUAAAGACCAACAUUGAAUGGAAACGAAAUCAAUGCCUGUUUGAACAAAUGGUGGACUGCAUUUGAUGGUGGGUGUUAUAUCAAACCAGGUCAAACUGAAAAGAAAGGAGAGGUAGGAUAAUCAUGAUAUAUAUAUGUUUGUAC